UUUCCCAAAAUAUGCAUUGAUAUGCAAAUAUGCACGAAAGUACCGAAAUAUGCAAAAAUAUGCUAUAGGAACCCGGUCCCUAAUGUUCGUACCGAUGUAAAAACACCGUUUUUGAGCGUUUCAGCUCAUGGCAUAUCCGCAUGCAAAAUAUGCAUUUGCAUGGCGUGUCAAAAUAUGCACGGAAAAUCCCAAAAUAUGCGCAUAUAUAUGCACCGAAAAAGGCCUAAAUAUGCACAAAAUUUCCCAAAAUAUGCACGAGAUAUGCAGCAAAAAAACAGUAAAAAUGUGCUUCAAAAAUUAAUAUUUUAA